AUGGAGCCAGCUGACUCGACGCUUAAAAAAGAGCACUUUAAAUGUGAGUUUUUAAGAUUUUCUGAUGGAAAUCCCGGGGAUUUCUGAAAGUUUUUAUUUCAGUGCGAAAACAUACGAGAUAUUUGACGAUUCACAAAGUUGUUGAUCAAAAAUCAUGGCAAAUGUUGGCCUACGAAGAACGGAAACGAAAAGAACGACAAAAAAUUCCGAAAAUUUGGAGGAAAUCGUUUUUGCGCUAUCAUUUGACGCAAGAAAAAGCCCGCCAAAAAUUUGGAAGAUUACGGUAUAAGAAUAGAGAUGAUAGUGUGUUUGUGGCAAAACAAUGGUAUUUUGUAUUGGAAAAAUAUCCGCUGAAACCGAGAGUUGAAUGGAGUUAUCAAAGGGUUCACAAGUGAGUUUUUUCGCCAAAAUUCCAGAAUGAAAGUGACAUUACAGAUUUCAAAACUUAAAAAAAGAAAUUUUUUGAAAGUUGAAUUUUUUUUAAAUAUAAAAAACUAUUUCCAGACUAAACCCUCGAAACGAGCGAAUCGCAACAGAAUUAGAAGAAAAUCUGGAUUGCGCCGAGAGAUAUUCGCUGAUCCUUCAUUUUUCUGAUAUCUACAAAACCCAACUCAAAAAUGACGUUGAAAAAAUUGCAAAAAUCGAAAAAUUUCGCGCCAAAAUUGGGGCGAAUCGUGAGAAUUUAUUGCGAUCACAAAGUUUGGCGGCGAUGAAAAUUCGAAUAUUUUUUGAGGCCAAAAAUGGUGCGAUUUUCGAUGUUCAACGCGAUGUUCUGGAUUUGGAAGAUUGCCAAUGGGUUUCAGUGAAAAAAUUACGCGAAAAAUUGCAUUCGAAGAUAUCGCAUUUUUCACAUGAUGUUCAGAAUUUGUAAGUUUUUUUUUCCAGUGGCUCACCAUUUUUCAUCAAAAUGUUUCCAGGAUUCUCAAAAAAACUGCGAAAAAUGCGAAAAAACGCAACAUUGCUCAUAAUUGUGUGGUGCAGGAGACAACAAAUGCCGCUUUUAACACAAUUAAAAAUUAUUUGAAAAUCAUCAAGACAAAAACGGCUUUUAUUUCUAUCGAUUGUAUGAUUGUUGAUAGGAAAUUAUGGGUCAACUCUGAACAAAUCCGACAUUUUUUGAAAGGUAGGUGUAUUUUAGACACUGGAAUCGUGAUCAGUGACUGUGAAAAUCUUAGAAACCAUAUACAAUAA